GAUCUGCUCCAGACGACGUCUCACUUGGUUACCUCACUUCCUGCUCGCUUUCUUUUGGGAGACUACAGAUUGUAGGCGCAAGGCCGUUUGCUGUUCUUGCAGACCCGAAAGAGGAGAUUUUUCUGCAUGCUUUACAGAUCGAAAAGGAAGAGGAACCAAAUUUUGUGCGAGGUUGGUUCUUUCGGGAAAGACUGAUCUCACCCCAUCAGUGGAGACCGUUGGAAGCAUGGGAGUUACUUGUGUUUCUCAGAUGCCAGUAGUAGAGGGGAAGAGUGUCCAGCAGACAGUUGAACUCCUAACAAGAAAACUAGAACUACUUGGAGCAGAGAAACAGGGGACUUUUUGUGUAGACUGUGAGACCUAUCACACUGCAGCCUCUACAAUGGGCAACCAAGGGCAGGCUGCCAAGCUGAUGUAUGUGAUGCACAAUUCUGAAUAUCCCCUCAGCUGUUUCGCUCUCUUUGAAAAUGGCCCCUGCCUCAUAGCAGAUGCCAACUUCGACGUCCUUAUGGUGAAACUGAAAGGCUUCUUUCAAAAUGCUAAAGGGAACAAGAUAGAAAGCCGCGGCACCCGGUACCAGUACUGUGAUUUCUUGGUAAAGGUUGGCACUGUUGCCAUGGGACCCAGUGCCCGUGGAAUAUCUGUGGAGGUGGAAUACUGUCCAUGUGUGGUUGCCAAUGACUGCUGGAACCUGUUAAUGGAGUUCAUGCAAAGCUUCAUGGGAAGUCACACUCCUGGAAUCCCUUCUGUGUUUGGCAACAAACAUGACAGCACCUACAGCCCAGCUGACACAAUGCUUCAGUACAUGGAACUCUUCAACAAGAUUCGCAAGCAGCAGCAGGUGCCUGUUGCAGGGAUCAGAUGAGGAAGGCUCAUCUGAAGCCUUUCUUCAAACAAGCAGCCACUUCACUGAAUAGUCUGGGAUCGCCAAUGUUGACAUCAGUGAAAACCUGGAUAAUUUUCUAUCUGAAAAAUCAGAGUUUGCAUUCCUGGCCUCCUACUAUCUAUAUAAAGCUAAGUCAAAUAUUUGAGCUUUAAGAUAAUAUCAUUGGAUCAUAUCAUACCAUUGAUCUACAGAAGCAAGUAUUGUGCCUUCUUCUCUAACGUUAUUUCUGAUGGAGCAGAGAAAAGACCUUGACCACACAAAAGGUAUCCAAGGAAGACUUUAAUAAAAUGACUAACAAAAUACGUUUACAUGAUGAGGCCUAAAAUACAUAAGGGUUAACCAUGCAAGUUCUCAAAAAUAUUAAAUAUAUUGUGGCUCAAUAAAUCUAAUGUUUUUCUCCUUA